GUUUCACUGGUCAUAAGGUUGGUCGUGCGGUUCACGUACUCUGAGAGACUGAAACGCAUUUCCGUCGAUUUUCGACCUUUAUCAUGUCUGCAGGAAAAAAGGGUAAGAAGAAGAAGGGUGUGACUGUCGACCUGUGGUCGUUCUUGGCUGAAGGAAGUGGGCCGACCCCUAAUAUACCGCUGAAAUCUUCGAAUUGGGUUGAUGAUGUAGAGGAUGAUCAUGAAGGAUACUCAUCAAGAAGCAGCAAAGAUCCAGUUAUUUUACCAACAGCUCCUCGAGCUGCACGAGGACCUGGAAUUGAUGAAGAAAAUAUCCCUACAAGUCCUCCAUAUGUAGCCUAUAUAAGCAAUCUGCCUUACGAUGUAGAUGAAGCUGAUUUAGCUGAAUUUUUUGCAGAAAUGAAGAUUUCUAAUAUGCGUUUACCGAAAGAUGCAAAUAAAAUUAGGGGCUAUGGGUAUGUCGAAUUCGAAGAUCGCCAAAGUCUAAUUGAUGCUCUUUCUAUGACAAACACAACUAUAAAGACGAGACGAGUAAGAAUUGAAGUUUCAAACAGUAGUAAUGAUGAUCGUCGAGGCGGUAGAAUGGGCAGAGACAAUCGUAGGGAUAAUUACGAUGAUCCAGAGCGUACAUCUGGCGAUUGGAGAAGCGGACCGCGUGAAGAGCUGGAUGAAGAUUCUUAUCGCAGUCGAUAUGAUAAAGAUCGAUUUGACAAUAGAGAUCGGCGAGAUGAUAGAGAAAGACAUGAUUAUGAUAAUAAGCCUGGUGCAUGGCGCGAAAGAGACAACAAUGAUAAAGGAUUUAAAGAAAGAAGUGGCUUCAGAGAUGACAGUAAAGAUAGAGACUGGACUCGUUUUAGCGAUAGAGGAAGAAGUAAAGAUCGAGACGGGGACAAAAGUAGCAGUUUUGGACCCCGUCGCAAUUAUGGCGAUUCCGAUUGGGAUCGCCGACAAGAUACGAAACCCGAGCCGCGACAAAGACCGAAACUGCAACUGCAGCCUCGCACGAAACCAGUGGAAUCUACUGCAACUUCGGAAGAUCAAACUAAAGAUAGUUCGGUGGAAUCGAAAUCAACAACAGGAUCGGAAUCAACUCAACGAACUCCAGCUCCUACGUCUGUACCGGCAGUUAAUAUUUUUGGCGCUGCGAAACCUGUAGAUACUACUGCUCGUGAACGAGAAAUAGAAGAACGUCUUGCCAAAUCUUAUGCCGAAUCACGGUCCCGAGAAGAGAUGGACAACAAAGAACGUAAAGAUGGUAUUUCAGGUCGACGUAAUGGCGAAGGACGCGAUGACAAAGAAAGAGGUCGACCGACUUGGCGAUCGGAGGAAGAUAGAGGUACUCGAGUUGAGAGAUCCGCGCCGCGAACUCAACUUGCUUCAGCACGUUCUGAAGAAAAUGAAUCCAAAACAUCGCCAACUUCACGUCCUGAGCCGACAACACUUAAAGUACAUCAUAAAUUCGCUGAAAAAGAUGCUCGUGCGGUGGAAAAAGACCGUAAAGACAAAGAGAAGGAUGAAAUUAGCAGAAUGCCAAAGGCUAAAGAUGAACAAGCUCCGAAUUUUGUAGCUUCAAACAAAUAUUCUAUGCUACCUGAUGAUGUGGAUCCCGAUAAUAUUGAUGAAUAGUCCUAUUCGAUUUUUAAUUUGCAUUAUCGACUAAAUUGUGCCACAUGCAACAUACGAUUAUGCAUUUUAUUAAUAAUUUGUUUUAUUAAAUAAUAUAUGGAUUCAUUACACGUCAGGCAUUAUACUCUUAGUACUACUUUAUUGGAAUUAUUGUUGAUUUGUAUUUAAUCUCCAUUUUAAUAUUUUCUCAAUACAACUAUAUCUGCUUAUAUAUUUACUUUAUAUUUUUCGCAACAUCGUAAAUUUCUUACAAGGUACUUUCAAAGUAAACUCAUCGAUUGCAAUGACUGCAUUGAUCAUUUUACAUUUGAUUUUCAAAAUAAUUAUACAAGGUAUGAUAUAGAAAUUGUGGAACUUUACAUCAUACUUAAUUUGUACAAUAAUUGUACGAUAUUGUGACUCACUUUACGUGUAAUAUAACAAUGCCAAUAUAUAUAAAAGGAUAUAAUUAAAUUAAUAAGUACAUGGGAUGAUAUAAAUA